AUGCAGAACGGUCAAGGCGGCAAUGCGCCGCAAGUACUCAGACCGAAGGGAUACAACAAGCUGGCCAUCCUGAUGGGCAGAAACCCUCAAGUCGCUAUCCUGCGUCGUUUCGGUGCGCUAAACAUGUUGAAUCUCCUGUACCUUCAAGCAGAAUUGUCCGAACUGGAAAGAAAGUUCGAAACAGCCUACCUGGACGACGCUGUGUCAAAUAAAGCCGAUGUGCGAGAAUUUUGUAAAAGUAUGGUGGCUCUACGAAGUUCGAAGGACGGUCCGAAUGGUGAUCAAUUGGAGCAGUUGCUUGUCAUACAAGACAAGCUCGAGAAGUACAAUGCUGCCCUCGUUCAAGUAGCCGAAGUCUCCAAGCUACGGCAUGCGGACGACCGUAGACUAUUUGAUCUGCAGACAUGGCUGGAAGAUUCAGAUCUCGGUGGAGACUUCCUCCAGGCUACUGAAGCACAGACGUGGACCAAGCGACAUGAGAGCGAUCUUGCAGUACUGGAGGGUCCACCAGAAGAAGAAGAGUCGCUCUUGCCGGCUUUGUCGGAACUACCUCUCAACCUGAUACAUUGCUGCCUGGGCAGUAGAGGAAGUCGCAGAAGGAAGCCUGAUGAAGAGACGGGGGUGUUCCAGUACGAUGAUGACGGCUUGAGAAGACUCAACAAGCUCAUUACUACAACGAUAGCGUCACUCCUGCCGGUCAUUGCCAUCGUCGUCCUUUAUGCCGUGCAAGGGACAUGGCGUCGCAUAUAUGUCACGAUCGGGUUCACAAGUUGCUUUGGCAUGGCUCUAGCGAUGACUUCGGCGAAAGUGUCCGAAAUAUUCGCUGCCACUGCGGCUUUCGCGGCCGUCGAGGUUGUCUUCAUCGGAAGUGUUAGCAAUGGUGCGGGCGGAUAG